CGCAUCAGACGGCAGAGCAUGUGCAGCGCGUGUGGCGGUUUAAUAGCGUAAAGAGUCGAAUGCAGGGCUUAAUGAGCGGGAUUUGGGAAUGUGCCACCUUCACAGAACGGGUUUGUAGCAGGCUGGAACUACUGUAAUGCAGAAUGCCUCGGUGUGUUUUCGAGAAAGCACUUGUGAACGGAGGGAAAGUAGAAACCACCACAACGUGAGGAACCAAACAAGAGAAAUUUCCCGAACUUCAUAUUGUCGAGCUCAAAAAGCCUCAAGACGGACGGCGAAAAGGAGCAAAGAGGGAGACACCGGGGGGGCAUGAAGGAACGGGACUUCAUGCCUAACAUGGAACGAGGCAAACCUGCCACAUACACGGGGGACAAAAAGGCAAAAAUGGCCGCUAAGACCAACAAGAAGUGGGUAAGACUAGCUACAGUUUUCGCAUACGUUCUGUCCGUGUCCUUGGCUGCCAUAAUCCUGGCUAUUUACUACAGUCUGAUAUGGAAGCCAACGUCAGCAUCGCCGUCGUCUAGACGGCCAGAUAUUACAGCCACGGUCUCUACUACCUCCAUGAUCUCCAGUCUUAUCAAUAGCACGGAUGCUCUCUUAGAUACCAGCAAUACGAAUAAUUCAGCUGCAGAGCCGUUCGCAACCACAGAUGCUGCAGAGGGAGCAUACACUGGGGUGGACAGCAGUGGGAAAAGCUCCAGUGACCUCCCUGGAGGCUCUGCAUCUAGAACAACAAAUACUGACCCCAGCAUUACUGUAGAGCCAAGCCGUGCACCUGAAGAGGACAGAGUAAGCGAGUUGCCCGGGAGGCAAGGGGUCACUGACUUUGUGCAGGACAGGUAUGACAGCUCUGGGGACGACUCAGCAGCGGAGAACCAACCAGUGGAGCUGACCCGCACACACAGGCCACCCAGCUGGGACCCUGCUUCCUCCAGCGAGAGCUCAUCGGAGUGGACGACCGGUCCGACCCCAUGGAGAGCCUUCUUGGAAAGGCCGGACGCUUCCCUCUUCACGCCUGUCGAGCUGGAUUUGGCUGAGGGUUCUUCUCCGCUGCAAGACGAGAUGGUUCCUAAGGACGCAGAGGAUUCCACAUUCACGUUUGCUCCAGGUCGCACAUGAUUAUUCACCAACUAGUACAAUGACUUAUAUGUGAGAGCUAAUAUGGGAGUUAGUGAGGAACUGCUUUAAUUUGACCACCUUUUUCUGUCAGGAUGGAAGCAAUGUCAGUCGUCCUGAUCUUGAAAAAGCUUGGUCAAAGCUAUAUGAGUUUUAUAUCCAGCAUCCUUCACUGAAAGCUCUCAGACAAUCCACUCAGAGGAAAGACAGCCCUAAGACAGUAUGAGAAAAGACAGUCAUCAAGACUAUUGAAGGAAUAUGAGCCAUUGACUUUGGACAAGCUGGACAGAAACAUUUUCCAGUAGCGUGUAUGUGUUUCCAUACUGGAUCAAAUUUUAAACAGGAACUAAGGUAGAAACAC